CCGAAGGGGGCGUGAAACCGAGAUCUCGGAUCCAGCCACUUUUGUCGGGCUGAGCAAAGCCUGGCGCUGCCGUUGCUCUGGCGGUUUCAACGUAUAUAAGGUGCUGGAAUGUCGCAGUCGGAAUAAUUAGACCUCUAGACUCUUCAGCUCACCAUCCAUUCACUCACGAGCCAACUCAGCUUGAAGUAGUCGACAUUUAGAAACUCCAAGACAACUCCAUCGCCUUUUUCUAGCUCAAUCACUGGAAAGAUGAAGCUGACAUUGACUGCCGUUUGCCUCGGCCUGGCUGGCAUUGCCUCUGCCCUCCCGCAUGCUGCUGCUCCUGCUCUUGCCCGCAACGGGAAGCGGCAGUACUUCAAGCGCGUCGCAGUGGACUUUCCCGUCCCUGGCGGUACUGUCAUUGCUACGGUCCCCGGAGGCACAGUCAUUGCCACGGCCCCCGGAAGCACAGUCAUUGCCACGGCCCCUGGCUGUACUGUCAUUGCCACGGCCCCCGGAAGCACAGUCAUUGCCACGGCCCCUGGCGGUACUGUCAUUGCCACGGUCCCCGGAAGCACAGUCACUGCCACGGCUCCUGGAGGCACAGUCACUGCCACAGCCUCUAGCGGCAAGCCGACCACAAUCCUCUACACGGCCACCGUGACCGCGUCGGCCCCGGGCGGCAAGCCCACGACGCUCGUCCACACGGCCACGCUCGUGCCCACGGGCGGAGUGCCGACCACAAUCGUCUACACGGCGACCGUGACCGCCUCGUCGCCCGGCGACACGCCCACGACCGUCGUCUACACGGCCACGGCCGUGCCCACGUCGUUGGGAUUCUACACGGCCACGGUCACGGCGACUCCCCUAGCCAAACCCACCCAUAAUGUGCAUGCCUAAUCACGACUAGACGGCUGGCCCGGUCCCCGUAAUCUUCCCCAGCUCGGGUGAUGGGCCAGGCGGCUGUUGUUACUAUAGUCGACGCAUCAGGUGUUUCUGCCGAGUGAGGAUAGAGAGGGAGGGUGCCUCGGAACCGUGUUUGUCACUUGGUCAGGGAGAGUGGGUUAUCGUGGCGAGGAAGGUAAUAUUUCACAAUAGCUAGCUGGGUAGUUGCGUGGGAGAAAUCGAGAUUAGCCUUGUCGCUCCUGCACAAUGAAUCGUUAGUUAUGCCUCCCUGAGAGAACUGGUGAUAAUACUCGCAGAUGAUGUGAAUUGGGAAUUGAAUGAGGAAGAGGUCCAGCCUCAAGUGCUGAUUUUUAGCUCACAGUACAAGAGCGUAUAGUCGUCAUUGC